AUGUUCACUACGACGGGGAUGGUAGCAGCACCUCAGCAGGCGACUGGACAAGUCGCACAGAAUGGCAGCACUACCUUGCCUAGAUCCCAUCACCAGAGAACAGGGAGGCCACCAGCAGCUCCAAAAUCAUAUGAUUAUCUCUUGAAAGUAUUACUUGUUGGUGAUUCCGAUGUAGGUAAACAAGAAAUAUUGCAAGAUUUAGAAGAUGGAUCUGCUGAUUCUCCAUUCUGCAGUGGAAGUGCUUACAAAACCACCACAAUUUUAUUGGAUGGCAAGAGAGUUAAACUGCAAUUGUGGGACACAUCUGGUCAAGGCAGAUUCUGUACAAUUAUUCGAUCAUACUCAAGAGGUGCUCAAGGAAUCCUCCUUGUGUAUGACAUCACAAAUAAAUGGUCUUUUGACAGUAUUGACAGGUGGUUGGAGGAAGUGGAAAAGCAUGCACCGGGUGUACCAAAAGUGUUAGUUGGUAACCGCCUUCAUCUGGCUUUCAAACGUCAAGUACAAGAGCGAGAUGCUGAGUUAUAUGCAGCUAAAAAUCACAUGGCUUUCUUUGAAGUGAGUCCACUGUGUGACUUCAAUAUACGUGAGAGCUUCUGUGAACUGUCAAGAAUGGCACUACAUCGCAAUGGCAUGGAAAGGUUGUGGAGGAGUAAUAAAGUGCUCAGCCUCCAAGAGCUGUGUUGCCGUGCGAUAGUGGCGCGUACAUCGGUGUACGGGCUGGAGCGGCUGCCGCUGCCCACCGCGCUCAAGUCUCACCUCAAGUCGUACGCCAUCUCCGCCGCGCCCAGUCGCCACCGCGCGCGCGCCACCAAGCACCCGCACCACACGCGCCUCAACUGCACCGGCAGGAACUCCUGCACUAUUGCG